CGGCAAAGUCAUCACGGCGCAUUGGAUGUUGGUGUCUCAAAGAGCCACCCCGCCGUUGGUAUUCUACCCAACGCCACAAUGCAGUGAUCGCCAAAAACAAUUUCAGGGUUUGCAUUUGCAUGUUAGUUAGACUGAAAGGUGCGAAGUAGAGAAUGGAGAAGCUCGGUUUGCGGGCAGAUGAUCCCCGAUGGUCCUCGAUACCUACCGACCUGCUCCUCGCAGAGCUCUCGAGACGCGAUGACGCCAACGAGCGACCGGCAUGCGGUUCGGGGAAGAAGGGGUCCUACGACACAGGCAUCCACGUCUUCGCCCUGUUCCUCAUCCUCACCUUGAGCACUCUGUCAUGCGGGUUCCCCCUCUUCUCCCAGCGCCUGACCAAGGGUAGCAAACGCCAGCGCAACAUCAUAUUCCUCUGCCAGCAUUUCGGAACCGGCGUUCUGAUGGCCACCGCCUUUGUCCACCUUCUCCCGACCGCGUUUACCUCUCUGACCGAUCCAUGUCUUCCGCACGUCUUCAGCAAAGGAUACCGGCCGUUGGCGGGGUUGAUUGCCAUGGUGUCGGCGUUUGUGGUGGUGGCGCUGGAAUCAUAUCUGACGACCCGGGGUGCCAGUCAUUCGCACUCACACCACGCAUGGGAAGAGGAGGACAGCGAGGACGGCGAUGGAAACGGGGGUGGUCACACACAAGAGGGGGAAUCUUCGCGACACGCGCGCCGGGAUCGACCCGCCAGCAUUGCGCUUGACGACCUGGAAGCUACGGAGGGGUUGGUGGCGGGGGCUUCCCCUCUCCCGGGCUCGACACCCACCAUGGCCCCCGCUAGGGAGGGGUUACUCAAAACCCAACGAGACAGCGGACAAGACGACGACCGAGAGUCUCUGGAUCUGGAGCUCAGCUUUGAGGAGCUGCACCCAAGGGCGGACUCGGACCACCAGCACAAGCCCGAGCCGGCGCUUGCGGCCCUGCAGCACAUCCCCGGCCCGGAGGAGCAGAAGCGCAUGAUGCUACAGUGCGUCCUCCUCGAGGCGGGCAUCCUCUUCCACAGCGUCUUCAUCGGCAUGGCGCUGUCGGUCGCCACCGGCCCGACCUUUGCCGUGUUCCUCAUCGCCAUCUCCUUCCACCAAUCCUUCGAAGGCCUCGCCCUCGGCACGCGCAUCGCAGCCCUGCACUUCCCGCGCUCGUCCCCGCGCCCCUGGCUGAUGGUGCUCGCCUUUGGCGCCACCACACCCAUUGGCCAGGCCAUCGGCCUCUUCAUCCACCGCUUCUACGACCCCAUGAGCCAGACCGGCCUACUCAUGGUCGGCUUCAUGAACGCCAUCUCGAGCGGCCUGUUGUUGUUUGCCGGUCUGGUGCAGCUGCUGGCCGAGGACUUUUUGAGCGAGAAGAGUUACAAGGUGCUCAAGGGCCGGAGGCGGGUGAAUGCUUUUUUGGCGGUGCUUGGUGGGGCGGGGUUGAUGGCUGCUGUGGGUGCUUUUGCCUGAGGGAUGUUGGGUUGAUGAGGGUGAGUGAGAAGGGGGUCAGAAGGUCAAAACAUGUAUUCGCAUAUGCAUGGUUAUAGACGGCGUCCGGGUGGCGUUGGAACUGGUGUGGUUCGUCUGUUUUUUGGCUUGUGUUAUCAUCCUAUUAAUACUACAAAUCAGCGCCAAGUUGAACACUAUUUGUCGCCCUUUUCCUCCCACUCCUGAUGAUACCCCUCCGUCUCAUCCUCACUCAGACCAUCCCAUCC